AUGUCUGAACACGCGAACCUGGCGAUCUCCGAUCAUGACCAUAGUGCCGAAAGUGAAAAUGAACCCGAGGCACACGCUAAUUUCGAAGACGAAGAUUAUCUUUGUGACUAUAGUGAAGAUUCGGAUGAAAUCGAAUUACUGCACCAACGCCUUACGGAUAUAGCCAGUCUCGGUCUCGAGAG